AUGGGCAGGUUCGACGAAGACGAUGUCUCGAAAACUUCCGAGACGUACAACACGUUGGACGAGCGCCUGAGCUCAGAUCGCCGGGUGGGCUUACGAUCUUGGUUCCCAUUUUCACUCUUCAGAAAGUCAAGUUACGCGCCGGUCCAGGAUGCCGAUAGGCAAACAGACAGUGGAACAGCGCUGGCUCUGGAACUUAGGAAGAAAGAUACCACAAUACGAAGGUGGCAGUAUUUCUCGGGUAUUUUGACUAUCAUCUUAUUAAUCACCUUGUUUGCCUUUCCACCAAAGCCGCCAUCUCGGUUUCCCCAGCCCGGCGAAGGCACAGACAACCUCCUCACAUGGAUGAAGGACGCAGAAGUUGCUGAAGGACACGAAUGGUGUGGUGCAACAAUCGCUGAGGCCAAGAAUAAAGGAUGUACAUUCAGCAAAAUCCACAACAGAUGGAUCUCGCCAAACUGCGCCGCUGAUCUUGAACCUGCGAGGGCAGCUGUCUUCAAGGCCUUAGACGGCGAUAUACCAGAGUUUGUCUUUUACAGAGAUGAGAACGGGAAGCCUGGGGCGAAGAUAUCUGAGGAAGAGCUAAAUGAGCUUGACCUUCUGACGCCAGCGUGGACGACUGUGUCACAUCAUGCGACGCAUUGCAUGUUCCUGCUCCUUCAAGCAGCGGCAUCGUUGAAUCUUGGAACCAAGGCGGAGAGGGUUGUGCAUGUGUGGGAGCAUGCCGAGCAUUGUGCUAGCGUUAUAAUGAACCUCACAAAGACCGCGCCGAGAUGGGACGACGUCACGAGUUUUGGGCACACUCAGUCCGCCGUAUGUUGGUAG